AUGGGGCUGGAGCGGCUGUCAGCAGUCCGGCUCUCCGUCACUCCUGGGGAUUGGAAGUGGCAGUUCCUGCUGGUCUUCUCCUGCCUCGUGCUGUCGGUCUUCUCCACCAUCAAGGAGUACGAGAAGAGUUCGGAGGGAGCGCUCUACAUCUUGGAAAUCGUGACCAUCGUGGUGUUCGGCGUGGAGUACUUCGUGCGGAUCUGGGCGGCGGGCUGCUGCUGUCGGUACCGCGGCUGGCGGGGGCGGCUCAAGUUUGCCCGGAAGCCCUUCUGUGUGAUAGACAUCAUGGUGCUCAUUGCCUCCAUCGCCGUGCUGGCCGCUGGCUCCCAGGGCAACGUCUUCGCCACGUCGGCGCUCCGGAGCCUGCGGUUCCUGCAGAUCCUGCGCAUGAUCCGCAUGGACCGGCGUGGUGGCACCUGGAAGCUGCUGGGCUCCGUGGUCUACGCCCACAGCAAGGAGCUGGUGACUGCCUGGUACAUCGGUUUCCUGUGCCUCAUCCUGGCCUCCUUUCUGGUGUAUUUGGCUGAGAAGGGGGAGAAUGAUCACUUUGACACUUAUGCUGACGCCCUCUGGUGGGGCCUGAUCACCCUGACGACCAUUGGUUACGGGGACAAGUACCCCCAGACCUGGAACGGGAGGCUCCUGGCUGCAACGUUCACCCUCAUUGGCGUCUCCUUCUUUGCUCUUCCCGCGGGCAUUUUGGGGUCUGGCUUUGCUCUGAAAGUUCAAGAGCAACAUCGGCAGAAGCACUUUGAGAAGAGACGGAACCCCGCGGCGGGCCUGAUCCAGUCGGCCUGGAGGUUCUACGCCACCAAUCUGUCCCGCACGGACCUGCACUCCACGUGGCAGUAUUACGAGCGCACUGUGACCAUGCCCAUGUACAGCUCGCAAACUCAAACCUACGGGGCCUCCAGACUGAUCCCACCCCUGAACCAGCUGGAGCUGCUGCGGAACCUCAAGAGUAAAUCUGGGCUCACCUUCAGGAAGGAGCCUCAGCCGGAGCCCUCUCCAAGUCAGAAGGUCAGUUUGAAAGACCGUGUCUUCUCCAGCCCCCGAGGCGUGGCUGCCAAGGGGAAGGGGUCCCCGCAGGCCCAGACUGUCCGGCGGUCACCCAGUGCCGACCAGAGUCUGGAGGACAGUCCGAGCAAGGUGCCGAAGAGCUGGAGCUUCGGGGACCGCAGCCGGGCGCGGCAGGCCUUCCGGAUUAAGGGGGCCGCAUCCCGACAGAACUCAGAAGAAGCAAGUCUCCCUGGGGAGGACAUCGCAGAAGACAACAAGAGUUGUAACUGCGAGUUUGUGACCGAAGAUCUGACCCCGGGCCUCAAAGUCAGCAUCCGGGCCGUGUGCGUGAUGCGAUUCCUGGUGUCCAAGCGCAAGUUCAAAGAGAGCCUGCGGCCAUACGACGUGAUGGAUGUGAUUGAGCAAUACUCGGCUGGUCACCUGGACAUGCUGUCCCGCAUCAAAAACCUGCAGUCCAGGAUAGAUAUGAUUGUGGGCCCCCCACCCCCUUCAACUCCCCGGCACAAGAAGUACCCCACCAAAGGACCCACGGCCCCUCCGAGAGAGUCACCCCAGUAUUCACCUAGAGUGGACCAGAUCGUGGGGCGGGGCCCGGCGAUCACCGACAAGGACCGCACCAAGGGCCCGGCUGAGGCAGAGCUGCCUGAGGACCCCAGCAUGAUGGGCCGGCUGGGGAAGGUGGAGAAGCAGGUCUUGUCCAUGGAGAAGAAGCUGGAUUUCCUGGUGAACAUCUAUAUGCAGCGCAUGGGCAUCCCCCCGACGGAGACGGAGGCCUACUUUGGGGCCAAGGAGCCAGAACCAGCGCCGCCCUACCACAGCCCCGAGGACAGCCGGGAGCACGGAGACAGGAAUGGCUGCAUCAUCAAGCUCAUCCGCUCUGCCAGUUCCGGGGGCCAGAAGAACUUUUCGGCGCCUCCGGCCGGGCCCCCAGCCCAGUGCCCACCCUCCACCUCGUGGCAACAGCAAUGCCACACACGCCAGGGCCACGGCACCUCCCCUGUGGGGGACCACGGCUCUCUGGUGAGGAUCCCGCCCCCGCCUGCCCACGAGCGGUCGCUGUCCGCCUACAGUGGGGGCAACAGGGCCAGCACGGAGUUCCUGAGGCACGAGGGCGCCCUGCGGGACAGCGACACGUCCAUCUCCAUCCCGUCUGUGGACCACGAGGAGCUGGAGCGCUCCUUCAGCGGCUUCAGCAUCUCCCAGUCCAAGGAGAACCUGGACGCGCUCAACAGCUGCUACGCGGCCGUGGCGCCCUGCGCCAAAGUCAGACCCUACAUCGCGGAGGGCGAGUCGGACACAGACUCGGACCUCUGCACCCCGUGCGGGCCCCCGCCGCGCUCUGCCACUGGGGAGGGCCCUUUCGGCGAUGUGGGCUGGGCCGGGCCCCGGAAAUGA